UAUAUAACUUGUGCUAUUCAGCAUACACAUAAUGACAAUAUGUUAGAUUUUUAUGAAAAAGGGGGUAAAUGAUGGGGUUCAUUAGGAACGAGGUGAGUGCAGCAGCUCCUUGGCAAACAAUGACAGCAGAGGGAGGAGUAGAAGGUAUAUGAGACUAAAAUAAACGCCACUCGGUUUAAAGCUCAGUGAAACAAACGCUGGCGUAUUAAAAUAAAAAGCAGCCUACUAUUCAGCCUUUCUAGUUUGUCUAUUUCUAUACCAGAAGUCCCUGGUCGGCGCAGUGUUUGAGUACUUGGACAAGUUAGCUUUUUGCUAACUCCGCAAUGGACUGUGCUCCCAGUUUGUGUCCCCCAGCCGCUCCUGAUACAGAAACCGUUCCAGAAAUCUGCGGCGGCUCCUCAAUGGAGGACGGGUUGGUUGACGCUUUUGGGGACCUGGCUGCGCUUCCGGUGGAGGCUGGGGAGAGAAGACCGACAUGUUUCCGCUGCCGUCGCCCUCAGAAGGUGUGUCUAUGUCCUUUUCUUCCACCGCAACCCCUGGAGGUCUCGACAUGUCUGUACGUAGUGCAGCAUCCUGCAGAGGAGAGCCGAGUACUUCGCACAGUUCCUCUACUUGCUGCUUGUUUGCCACAAGGUAAAUGCAACGUCAUAGUGGGGAGGAGAUUCAAUGAGGAAAAGCACCCGGAGCUGGCUGUGGUGUGUCGGGACAGCAAAACCCUGAUCCUCUACCCAGGUCCUAAAUCCCAGAACCUUGAGGAGUUAAUACAAUACCAAGAAGUGGGCACUGUCAAACAUAAUGUCAUCAUCAUAGAUGGCACCUGGAGCCAAGCCAAAAACAUGUUCCUCAAAAACAGCCUGUUCCACCUGCCCAAACAGGUGCAGCUCAAUAGGACUUUAUCCAGUCAAUACGUGAUCCGCACACAACCUUCCAACAUCUGUCUGUCUACGCUGGAAUGUGCCGCUGUCGCCCUGUCGAUCCUAGAGCGGAACGAUGAGAUCCAAGAGGUUCUGCUGAAGCCCCUGAAAGCACUCUGCUCCUUCCAGCUGCAGCACGGCGCUCAGAUCCAUCACAGCAAAGAACAUCUGCUGAAGAACGGCAUGUACGACAAACCCAUGCCAAAGAACAAACGCAAGAUAAAGAGGAUGGAGAAACUCCUCACUGACCACAACAUCUGCCCGAGAUGAGGGCUUGUCAGAACAGAGAGGACAGGCUUGAUUCAUCUCUGCAUGCCCUGCUGUUUGCACUGACUGUAUCAUCAGAGUACAGGCAUGGACUCUGUGGGACUUAAGGGGACUGUUUUUUCUUUUUUUGUAACAUGCUGGUGUAGGCAAUUUAUGUAUUUGUCAUUCAUUUUAAAUAAAUGAAUGACAAAUGUUGUACUUGAAGCAUCACGGCUAACAGUAGGUUUCUUACUUUGUUUACAUGUUAGCCUGGAUUUAAUAGAAACGCGGUGGUUCUGUUGUGAAAGGAUUUAUAUGGCUAUACAUACAGAGGGUCACAUCUAGAAGGGCUGAUUCCAUUCAUAUUUUUAAUAAGCAAAAUCUCAGUUUACAUGAAUAAUAACAAAACAAACUGGAAUUAACACAAAAAAAAACCUACCAAAGACAAAUAACACACUGGUGACAACUGAGAAUUGCACUAUACUGUAUGUGAGGUCAUCAUAGGUGACAGUGUAACUUUACUGUAUAAAUGGUGUUUGCAGGCUUACAAAGAAUGUUUGUUAGAUACUACAAAAAAGCUGCUAAAGUACUGCAGCUUUUCUGUACCACAAAUGACGUCAAUAAAAUGGAUAAGAGAUCUCAUUUUAA